GGUGCGCGCGCGUUUGGUUUUCUGGUUCCCCAAAACAAAAUGUCGACGACGGAGGCUGUAAUGACUUCCACUACAGCCUCUGCUUCGUCGGAAAGUAGGUUAGCAACAUCUCUCCAACCUCAACCGGAGAAACCUUUCCAUUAUACGUACUUGAAGGAGUUUCGAGUGGAGCAGUGUCCUCUUUUCCUACAGCACAAAUGUACAGCUCACAGACCUUUCACUUGUUUUCAUUGGCAUUUCAUGAAUCAAAGAAGGCGAAGACCAAAGAAAAAAAGAGAUGGAACGUUUAAUUAUAGUCCUGAUGUUUAUUGUACCCAAUAUGACGAAACAACGGGGAUUUGUCCUUCUGGAGACGACUGUCCUUAUUUACAUCGAGUUGCUGGCGAUGUUGAACGUCGCUAUCAUCUUCGCUACUAUAAAACUGCAACCUGCGUAUACGAGACCGAUUCUCGAGGAUAUUGUGUGAAAAAUGGACCUCACUGUGCCUUCGCUCAUGGACCUCACGAUCUCAGACAACCUGUCUACGAUGUCAGAGAACUGCAAGCGAUGGAGAAAGAAGAUGUUGACGGUCAGCAAGGCGGCGAAAAUAAAGCUGUGUUGGAGGAUCCUCGCUGGCAAGAUACCAACUUUGUACUGUCUAAUUAUAAAACGGAACAAUGCAAGAAGCCUCCUCGUCUGUGCCGACAAGGGUAUGCCUGCCCAUAUUAUCACAACACAAGGGAUAGACGGAGAAGUCCAAGGAAAUAUAGAUACAGAUCUACGCCUUGCCCUCAUGUGAAACAUAGUGAUGAAUGGGGAGAACCAUCAAGCUGUGAAAGUGGAGAUAACUGUCCUUAUUGUCAUACUAGAACUGAACAACAAUUUCAUCCUGAGAUCUACAAAUCUACCAAGUGUAAUGACAUGCAGCAAACUGGAUACUGUCCCAGAGGACCAUUUUGUGCAUUUGCUCAUGUUGAUCAUGAAUCAGUCUUUAGUAGAGAAGUAGCUGAUAAUGAGUUUAAUACGUCUUUACCAUUAGGUGCACAAGGGGCUUUUGGAAUGGAUGGUUCUCAUCUCAUUAGUUCUCUACCCCAACCAGUGGCUAAACCUUCUCGUUCAAUGUCUACAUCAUCUGUUGGAAGUUUAGGCGAGCCACUUACCCCAGGAGGUUCCUACCCUAAGGCACCUGGUUCAGAAAGAUCUGAAAGGAGCAGUAGUCGUGAGGAAGACCACCAGGCUGCAAUACGAAGACAGAUAUUAUCAAUAGAAAAUGACCCUAACCUAGAUGAAGCAGAAAAGGCUAGAAGAAAACAGAAUUUCCUUACGUCAAGAGCAUCUUUGUCAUCAUCAUCAGGAUCAGCUCCACCCACGCCCUCUAGUGUUUCUGCAUCAGCACCUGCAUUCUACCCAGCGGCUGAUACUGUUGAAUCAGUGGUAGAAAGUGCAUUAGAUGAUCUUAACCUUGAUGAUUUUGAUGUCUCAGAAUUAGAAAAAGAGUUAAACCAUGCAUCACCAGGUUCAACGUCAUUAGGGGACUCACUAACGUCAUUGACUAUAGCUACCAUGGGAUCUGCACCAGUCAGCAUACCAGGGUCAUGUUCACCACAGUCUUUCACUCCACAGUCACCCACAUCUCCUUUAGGACAAUAUUCUACUUCUUUUGGAUCAGCUGCUUCUCAAAAGCAAAAUAAUCUAUACAGAGCUAGUCCACUUAUACGUGGUAGUGGUCUACCUAGCACCAUAUUUGAACCACUUAGCACCCAAUUACAUUCMCCCAAACAACUUGGMUCUCCUCAGCURCCUUCUCCUUUGGAUAUUGGUGCAGGAGCAGGGGAAGUCCAUAGGUUAAAUGAGGAACUUAUUUCUGCACGCACAAAACUAGCAUCAUGGGAAGAGUGCUGGGCACAAGCCAAGCAAGCCUGUGAUGCAUGGAAAAAAGAGGCAGAGGAAUCUAUGAAAAAGGCCAAAUCUUCACAUAAUGAUAAACUAGAAGCACUAUUGAAAUUGACAGAGGCUGAGAGAGAAAUUGUAGCAUUAAACAACAAAAUAGAAUCCCAAAAAAGUGAUCAAGAUAUCCAUGUGUUAGCAAAGAUAUCAGAUUUAGGUGAUAUGUCCAUUCCAAGAUUAACAGAAUUACAUAGAUGCUUGACUAAUGAUUUACAACAGUUAAACAAGGUAAUGGUUGUAAAACAGUCGUUACUGUGUACUGAAUGUCAAGACCAUAGACGAAGCAUUGUUACACUACCAUGUUCACAUUGUGUGWUGUGUGAGRCAUGUGCAUCUAAGGUAUCUGAAUGCCCAAAUUGCCAUAUGCAGAUAACUCAACGAAUUGCAGCGAUCAUUCCUUGACUGAUACCUGUCAAUUUAGGAUCUGGUCUCUUUUAAAUUAAACAGCGUAAUGAACAGUUAAUUUAUAUUAUAUUAUAGUUAUUUGUAUAUUAAUUUUAAUUGUCAACCUUCUUGGAGAAAUUAGCAGUGAUAAGGGUUGUACAGACAGAACAAAGUUAUCCUUGGCAAAACAAAUCAAAGGUAUUAUAACAAGUGUGCUAUGAUAGCUCUACUAUGUUUAUUUAUCGUAUGGUGGAUUACUACAGUUUUUGAAUUGGCUUGAAUAGUCAUACCCUAGUCGAUUGCUUAGAGUAUAGGUUUUGAUAUUGCCAAGAUGUGUUCACUAGCCACUACCAUGGUUCAUGCCAGUUGGUGGUGUCCAUUCAGCUCUUUGAUCUUAUUCAAAAACUGUAGCUGUCCACCUUAAACUUCAAUUGUCAAUUAUAAUGUUUUUAGUGUAAGAAAGGUUCUAUAAUUGGCUUCCAUUAUAUUAUACUGUGUAAUUAUUUGAGAAUGAUGUUGCUAGGCAAUUUGCAGUUUCUUCUGCCAAGAGUUAUAUAUUAUCUAAAGUCAUUAAUAAGCCCCAGCGUAGUCCAUUUUAAAAAUCACAAUCAUGUGUUUAUUUCUUUGAAAAUAUGAACACUUUGUUUUCUUGUUGUUAAAUUUACAUCUCUAUAUAAUUUUCAUAAAAUAUUGAGAAUUGAUGUGAAUGUAUGGUAUUCAGUGCCCAGCAGCAUUACACGUUAAUAAUGUUUGGUAGUAUAUGUUUUUGUUAUUAUUGAUGCAAAUGUAAAAUCUAAAUAAUUGUACACCUUUCUGGUCUAUAAACUAAGGUUAUUGAUAUUUCCUUUUCUGUAAAUGGUUAGUAAUGGUGUUAAAGAGAACAAUGACAGCAAUGUGGUGAUGGCAAUUCAAUACUGAAACUUUAUACAUUAUAGUUUUAUAAGUGACAUGCUACUGAACUCAAUUGUAGUCCUAAGCCUAGUGUGGGGCUUUUUAGUCUAAAUGGARGGUGCAUACGAACACUUUAGACCUAAURUGCACUGCAAURACUUCAAAAAAUAUAUUCAGCAUUUUUAACAAAUGGGCUUUGCCUUGCUAAAACUAAAAAACUGCAAAUGCCAAGGUCAGCAUUUUGUCUAAGAAAAAUGUUUGUAUGGUGUACAUGCUAAGCACAAAGGUUUCCUUAUAAAAGUUCAUUAUGAAAAUUCUGCUAGUGGUUGAAACUAGUGGUUGAAAGUUUGCAAUUCUGACAAUGASUUAAUAUUGUCACUACAGUGUCCAUAAGGUCUAUUUAACAAUUACAUCACAAGGUUGACUGGAGUUGAUAGUCCAAGAGGCAAUACUUGCCUGACUGGAUCUUGUAGUUCAUGAGACUUAGUGGUCUAAUUGUUUUGGUAUCUGUCAAUCUAUARGGAAAAUUUGAAAAAGAUCGCAAAGAAUAAUUUUCUUGACUCUUUUGCGCUUUAUUCAGUGUGACCAUGGUAUGACCAUAGUUCAAUAGCCUAUCAGAUUGAUGGAUAUGUGAUAGCCCAUUGUUUAGUAUUUGAUAUAAUUUCAUAAAUCUGUUUGUAUAAAUAUAUACUUAAGGUUUUUUUAGGGGUGCUAUUGAUAUUGCAUUGCCAUUCUCACCAUGUUUUCUGAUUUUUUAAAGAUAUGCUUUUAUAAUGUCAAGGUACAUUGUGUGUACCCUGUUAUUAUUAUAAGCAUUUAMCAAGGUGGUCUAAAAAUAAUUCCGGAAGCCAAUUCUACAUGAAGUACAUAGCUAGAGAUAAUACUGGGAAUACAAGAGGAAUAAGUAGAAAAGUUUCAGAAGRUUUUACUAAAUGCAAGCAAUAGUUUAAAUAUUUCUUUCUCACAUCUACAUWACGGCAUUGAUAUUUGAAUGCAAAAAUGUGUGAUGCACAUGCAAAUUCCCAAAUGUGUGUAUAUUUCAUUGUCUUAUGGUAUAAUUGCAUCACUCCAAAACAUUCCUGAAGGAUAAUAUGGUUCAUGUCAGAGGRGGCAGAAUUGAUGAAUAUAAAAGAAAAUGUACAUGAGUAAUUAUUGAUACAUGGUGUAUAUCAAAACUAGAUGCAAUUGUGAGAGAACAUUAAUAGAUCGAAAUUUUGACUGUUUCUUCCCAUUUAUUAWAUAUAGGGCUAUUAUACAUUGAAAUUGUUUGUAGAUGUGAUAGGUUGGCCAUGGUUAACACAUUGAUAUGUUUUUUUGUUUUGUAAUUAUUUACAUUGCCACGGAAAUCAACCUACUUGCCAGUAUGAAAUUAUUGAAUCAUUUUUCAAUUUUGCAUGUGUAAUGUUAUUUCCAGUAUUUCAUAUGGGAAUUUGGCCAAGUUAGAAAAGAAUUUUGACAAAAUUAAAGCGUGUGUGUUACUGCCAUUUCCUUACAUUAACUGAAAAAUCCUGGACAUGAAAUCACUAAUGUGAAAAUGUAAUUUCCCAGUCCUUUCUCUAUCUAUAUAUUCUAUGUAAGGUAGACAGUCACUAUUUAAUCUAAAAAAUAUCAACUGGAUGUCCAUUUAUUAGUUUCAAGUUCUUGUAUAGAAUCUUAUCUCUGUUGUAAAAUAUAUUUUAGUUAUUGUUCUAAGAUUAGGUUUAUUCCAAAUUAAUUAGUUUUUUUAAUAGCUUUGUAUUACACUGUUUCUUUGUAAAGAGACCUAUAUAGUAUUGCCAUGUAUUUCUUCAAAUGAAGCAUUCUAGGUGUUGUUAUUAUAUUAGUGCUCAUUUAGGGAACAAAGAGUAGUUUUGUUCCUUAGAAAAGCAAGUUAAGUAUUCAAAUCUAGAUUUUAAAGGUAUAAUUAUUAACACUAUUGUAUUAAUAUUAUUAUUAAGGACAUUUCUUAGGAUUUUCCAAUGUUGGCAUUUUCCCGGGAAGUUUAAAUUCAUUAUUUGCCACAAUUAAUUAUUGUUACCCAUGGAGUUGGUAGCCCUUUUGUGCUGGAUGUACAUGAUAUCCAGUGUAUUUAUCAGCACUUCUUAAGCAGAGAAUUAUAAAAAAAUAAAUAAUUUCCAUUUAA